ACCAUUUUAACUGAGCUACCCUAGUGACAGGAGCCGCAGCAGCAGAGCAGGUUGUCCCCGUUUCCCCUCCCCCUUCCCUAUUCCGGCUGAUCUCUGGGUUCCCUACAGUCCACUGUCCCGGUUCCGCCAUGUCCCAGAAACAAGAAGACGAAAACCCUGCGGAGGAGACCGGCGAGGAGAAGCAGGACACACAGGAGAAAGAAGGUAUUCUCCCUGAGAGGGCUGAGGAGGCAAAGCUAAAGGCCAAAUACCCAAGCCUAGGACAGAAGCCUGGAGGCUCCGACUUCCUCAUGAAGAGACUCCAGAAAGGGCAAAAGUACUUUGACUCAGGAGACUACAACAUGGCCAAAGCCAAGAUGAAGAAUAAGCAGCUGCCAAGUGCAGGACCAGACAAGAACCUGGUGACUGGUGACCACAUCCCCACCCCACAGGAUCUGCCCCAGAGAAAGUCCUCGCUCGUCACCAGCAAGCUUGCGGGUGGCCAAGUUGAAUGAUGCUGCCCGGGGCUCCGGCCAGAUCCUGAGACGCUGCCCUCCUGGGUCCUGUGCUGGCUCCUGCCCCUCCCUGCUUUUGCAGCCAGGGGUUAGGAGGUGGCUCGGGCGCGGGCUGGAGAGGCAGAAGCCCCUGCCCGUCGGUGUCCCAGCGCAUGGAGCCCCUUGGGCUGAGCACCAAGACCUUGAAUCUUUUUGUUUUACAUUUUUCCAAAUAACUGUUCUGGAGAAAUCUCGGUGAAAAAAUUGGGAGGGGGAGGUAUGGGUGGGGGGAGACUUGGAGGAUAUAUAUAUUAGGGAUUGGAGUUGAUAAAAACUGUUCCUGAUUCUUCUCCUUAACAUAUGACUGGCGUGGGGAUGGGCAUAAGGGGGAGAAAGUAAAGUAGACUGAAGACUAGGGGUUCUGACUCAGCUCUGUAGAAAUAUGUCUUGUUUGCUUGGAUGCUGCUGGUAUCAGAUAAAAGAAAUUGUCCAUCUGGAUAUAACACAAAUAGGAGCCAACAGCCCCUCUGGUUCUGCAGAACAAGCUGAGAACUCAAUGUUAAUUAUUCAUAAAAAAAAAAAAAAAAAGUACUGUCCUUGACGUAGAUUUGCUGUGGGGAUGAGGGCAGAGUGUGGAGAAAGGGGCCAUGAGUGUGGGGAGCCCCACAGAGCCCAAGGGACUUUUUCAGUAUAUGAAAUAAAAAAAGAGAAAAAAAAAUCCACAAAAAA